GAUGGUGCGAGCCCAAGAAAAACGGCGGAAGUCGUUCUUGGUUUCGCUCGUGUUUCGUUUCCGGUGCUCAGGUUAAAUGUCGCGAGGAUGAGCUAUCGACCGAAUCAGGGUUUAUAUCGCACCCUAGACUUUGUUACACCUGUGACACGAGUAUGGGGCAUUUUUUCUGCAAUAGUUUACUGGGGUAUAGGCGCUGACAUCACGUAUCACGGCGACUCCUUGGGACCGUACAUACUGGUGUCAGCUGUGUUUAUUACGCUCUUUGAAACAGCAUUUGCUGUGGACCUUUUCCUCGAGGUUUGCAUAAGGGAGGAGAGAGGCUAUUGCCUUCGCCUGUGGAGGGGAAUUCGAUGGGUAGAUCUGUGGCGGAAAAGCAUCCUUUACUUGGCCUUGUCCAUCCUGUGCUUUGCUUACCACAGCAGUUCCUGGUUAGGCGGUUAUGCUGGUGCCACAACACUAGUUCUGUGUGUCCUUUACCUCAUCCUUACCUACAAGAAUCACCUUGAAGUCAAGGAGGCUCUUUUGGCUGACAAAGAAGCAUCGUAUGACAGGUUUGACGCACUCGAAGAAGAAGUGGACGAAACGCUUCCAGAGCCUGAUGUUGACACUGUUGGUGACCAAGAUCGCAUCUUGGAAGUGUGAGGAUCUGACAAGCUGUUGCCUGGGUACCUAUCUGCCACAACAAACAGCAGCUUGUGCCAUAGUCAAGCAGCAAAAACUGCUCUAGGAAGUGUUCUGCAGUCGGUAAUAGUGGAUCUUUUGGCCACCACCAUGUUGUACAGAGGCACCUUGCCAUAUUCAUUGAGCUGUUGAUCUGAUGUUAUAUGCAGUGUGUGGUCUUUUCAUUACAGCCUUUACACCUGUGCUAUUUUUUAGGCAUCUAGAUGUUGCAGAGCCAUUUAGAUAUCAUUCUGGCAAACUGAUAUUUCUGGCCAUUUUGGUAUUUCUAGUUUUUUUUUUUUUUUAGUCAUGUGUUGCUCUGGGUUUAUGGUAUUGUGGGCUGCUGGAGGCGUGGCUGUUCUUUGUACUUAAUAUGUUCAAUGUCUUUCCACUUGCUCAUUUUGUUCAGAGAAUGGAAGCAAGGGUUCGUUGAUCUGGUUGCCGUUUUUCGGCCUGCAAUUUGCCAUCCAUUUUAUCCUUGUCUCGCUCAUCUAUAUCAAAAUAUUGCAGUUUUCUUUUUUACAAUCACUUGCAUUAUUACCUUGCAAUGGCGUUUAGGGUUGACAACCUAUAGCAUUGUUGCUUUUUUUUUUUUUUAAGUGCCAUUGAGCUUCAUAAAGUUUACACUUGUUGCCUUUACUGAUGCUAGGUGUAAAAUUUGUGCUAAGGUAUAGGUACUUCACUCAUCAAGUCAUCUUCUUAUGGUAUUAGGGACUUGGCAACCUGUUAUGUCAUAUCAUUAUGUUUUGUUAGCCUUGUGGUGCUGUUAAUCAUGGGGCUGCAAAUGGGAUACCCAUGCAAGGGCUUGAGUUAUAUACCAGCUACAAAUGAAGGAAGUUAAAAGAGAAAUAGCUACUGUGCCAACACUGAGCUCGAAGAGUGUCAUUUAAUUCAUACAGAUAAAAUAGUGUGUUUGAGUUAUAGCAUGGUUAAUGGGAAAUUAGUUUUCACCUUAAAGACUAUUUAUUUAGCAUGAAGUAACUUUUUGUUGUGCCAGCCAGUCUGAAAUAAUGCCAUUCUUUGCACUAUUUUAUCUCUUUGUUAAUGGCAGCUGGCAAGCACUACCAGGAGACUGAAAUGUGCCUGUGAUGAGAAAUGAACCCAAUUAGUAAUUUUAGUAGUAGUCAAACUGUAUCUUCAAAACCAAUUAAGAGGUUCAUGAGCUAUUUUUUGUUUACUCUGUGGUGGUAGUUUUCUUUUUCUAGAAAGCUUCAGGCCAACUAGGCACUAUAACUUUGAAUAUCAGUUGAUUUGAAUAAUGUUUCAGAACACUAAACAUGAAAGGAGGGGGUUGCUAUCCCUGAUUCAGUUUGCUUGCAUUUCUGUGGGCUCUGUUACAUUUCUUUGGUCUUUCUAUGUCAGAUUUCUGCCAGUUCAGCUCCAAGUGACUCUUUGUGUAAUCGGACCAGUAUAACAUAAAACUAUUCCAAUCCGUUUUUAUUCCAAAUCUGCCAUUUGCCCUCCGUGAUAGGUCACAAUGGUUUGGGUCCAGCCCAUUUGCGCAGAGCCUGAGCCGUUUUGACCUAUCAGGGAGGGCUAAUGGGCAAUUUGGAAUAAAAAGAGAUUGAAAUAGUUUUACAUUAUACCGGCCCAGGUCUUGAAUCUCACAAAGUACAAGUCACUUGCACGUUCAAACAAGCAUUCCAACAUCAAAAUUAUUUUAUACUGCAUGCCUCCUUGCACCUCUUUACUUUCUCGAAUAGUACAGCCAUUGAUAAGGUGGAUACGGUUGUCUAGUGCUCAGUUACUAAUUUGAAAUGCUCAGUUGUGCACUUGGCACAUUAUGAUCAUGGUUAACAGCUGUUAAAAUCUGUACUAAUUUUCACAAAUGUAAGUUGGCCUAGCUCUGUAACUUUCAGAAACAAUGUUCAUUUAUACAGCGAUUGUCCACUGUCAGACAGCUGCUUCUAAAGCAGUCUCGUCCUGAACGAAAAUUCCAAAAAGAAAAGCUUACCGUAUUUACUCGAUUCUAACGCGCACUCGAUUAUAACGCGCACCCGUUUUCCGAGACCAAAAGAGAGGGAAAAAAAUCCCUUACAGUACCGCGAGCCUCAUGCUUUCAUACAGAAAUACAACUAUCGCUCAAGAUUUACUCCCAAUACACUAAAGUUGUGAUGAACAAAAAAGUCACAAGUUUCGCCCGAAAGGCGAAGCAUCGAUAGCGACAGCAAAUUAGCAGACAGCUAUACGAAGUAAGCAUAGUAGCUUUAUCGGCCGUAUAAACUUGUUAACAUUCGCUGUUUAACUAAAUUGGUAGACUGGAAAAGGAGAGUGCUGGCUAGGCGGGCUAGGCCAGCUGCAGCAAGCGGCGGGAUCAGGUUUGAAUCAGGAAGUCGCUGUGAAUUCGAGCGCGCCAAGCGCGACGCCGCUGCUUCGCAUUCCGUCGUGGCGGAGAAAGUUCUUCCGGUUGCUGCUCGCACAAAAAUGACAAAAUUUGGGGCGAAAUCUCUAGGUUGUCGGAGGGGAAAAUUCGUUAUUUCGAAGGGGUGUCCCGCUGCCACUUCGUUACUUAGAGGUCUCAAAUACAUGUGCUUCUAUGGAGUAACGGCGGGGAAUAGAAAAACUUCGUUAUAUCCAGGAAUUUGUUGUAUGGAGGUUCGUUAUAACCAGGGUUUACCUGUAUGUGGGUCAUGCACGAUGUGCUGAUCACAGCGCCAAAAGUUAUGUGCCCAGGCUAAACAGUACUUGAGUUCUUUUUAUUUUUUUAUUUUUUUUUUUCACCUCGUUCUUGUUUUCUUAACUUCUGGCACUAGUAGUAUACUAUUUUCCUUGUGCAAGCCAAGCUGUGUGUUCAGAGUCCACUCUAGGUGGUGUCAUUGAGCUUCUGUUGCUUUCGUAGUGUUACAGAGCUCUGGAAAAUAAGUAGAAUAUUUGUCCUCACUCUCCAGAGCUCUGUAUUUUUGUUAUUCCAACAGAAGUCUAUCUAGCUGGCAAAUCAACAGCCCUAGUUACACACAGUGACAUCUAUACACCAUGAAUUUUGGGUCCACCACGCCACCUAUACACGAAUAAGAGACAGGAGAUGCCAGGGACACUUUGUACAUGCUGAUGCUGUAUUUUAAUUGCGUGUAUAUUUGUUUCACGCUUGAGUGUGUGCUUUGAAGCUGUAGGUGAUGGCAAUGCCCUGACUCAUGAAUGGGACAAAAAGUCCCAUUCACGAAUGCGAGCGCGUGUGAACUAGAAUAUUCAGGCGCGCAUGAAAAGUGGUGGGAGUUGACCUUUCACCCAUUUGCUGACACAGCCAAUGCUCCUUGCAGCAUUUGCAUGUAUGUUUUGAUGUUUCAUAUUACAUUCGCAUAUAUGACUCAAUUUUGCUGUAAUAAUCAUAUCACGUGGUCAUGAAGUCUAUGAAUUGAGAAAUCGUCGUUUUUGUUUAGAGGGUUGCUUAUACAGUAGACUGCCGCUAAUUCGACUCUGGUUAAUUCGAUCCUGACAGGAGGUUCUGGCUGGUGCCCACGCAUUUCUAUGGGCCCAAACUUUCGUUGUUUCGAUCCUAAAAUCGGCCUUUACCGAAUAACUCGAACUUCACCAGUCCGCACGCACCCACCUGACCUCUAUGGGGACCUCAGUAGCGACCCCUUUAGUGGCAUAGUCUGUCUCGGCGGAGGUUAGGAGUCGUUGAACUUGUUGAACACCAUCACCUCCCGUUGAAAACACCUAUUUUCGGCCUACCCUAGGAGGAUUUUUCAAGCAAUAACUGUAGCUCAUAAUAUCUGAUUAUGGUAUUUGCCCGAGUCUAAUACGGAUUUUUUUUUUUCUUUUUCUGAGAAAGUUGUUUUGGAAAUUGCCUGGUACAGCUCAAUCUGACACGAAACCAAAACCACCUCCACGGCGUACACAUGCGUUACCGCAUACCACGGAUGUAUUGCGGCGAAGCGGACUUAAGGAAACCUACCACCAGUGUGCAACACAUAUUAGACCCUUCACCAUUUUUUUUGCUAAAAUAUUGGAUGCAUGUUAGAUUUCUGAUUUGUUUAGGAGCUUUAAUGUCAUUUAUACAUCAAUUUUCUACUUCGGACACAUAGAAAGUGGGGGUGCAUUUGAUUCGGUGGCUUGUUAGAUUAGGGCAAAUACUGCCAAAUGAAUCAGUGGUGUGUUUAUGCAUAUUUUUCUUCAUGUUGUUAAUUCGGCCCGUCAGGUAAUUAGAUUAAUUUCAUCGGUCCCAUCAGGGUCGAAUUAACGGAAGUCGACUAGGGUAAUUUUACAAUUGCCUGUUUACUUCUAUACGAAAUAACUGGGGUUGGUCAUUGUUUUUAUUAAUAUUAUUGAUACUGAAAUCUUUCUUAAAGGGGUCCUGAACCACCUCUCGGGCUUGGUGAAAAAAACGCAGUCCACGGAUAGUAUACGCUGCUGUGAAAAUCUCAGUCAAAUUUUGCAGUCGUGCGCGGUGUGUGGAGCUCACAGGCAAAGUGCAAAGUCAUAUUUCUCAAGCACUAUCUUUUCAAAUGACGCCUUCUUCUCGCCCGCUUCGAAGCUGCUGGGGGCUUGCACAUGUCCUCAUAUGCAAGGUUCCUAUACAUGGCUGCUGCUGACGUCAAUCAAAAAAGGGUGUGUGGAUGAGUCUGCUUCUUCCCACUGUUACUCUGUAUAUUUAUUGACGCAGUUUAAUUAACAGGCUGAAGUAAGCGAAAAUCUUUCAGAUUUCGAUAAAAAUUGCAUACUUCUAGAAGAAGCUGACUAUCGUCUGCUCACGCGCAGCUGCCUGCGUAGAAAUUAAACUUUGGCCACCUUGCUUAUCGGUGUUGUAGCCAUGAGGUCUAAUUUCGAUAAGUUUUGAGCCCUCAACUAGCCUUGCACCAUGCAAAACUUAAUGUCUGACCACAUGUACACUAGCUAGCAUGCGCUUACUCCUGCCGCUCCUGGCUUGACGCCUUGGCAGCAAUGCUUCGUAUUCAGCUAUUGAAAGCGCUUCAAAAUGCACAAGUUGGAUUUGGCUACUAUCCGUCGAUCAAUCUGGUGCAGGACAAAGUUGGUCGGCACCGUGUAGCUCAGCCAGACUGGAGCACAUGAGCGUGAGCGCGCACUCCAGUCCUGUCAUGCACAAAGCAAACGCUGUGCAUAUGCACUGCAGUUGCAUGUAGCUGCAUCUGCUAUGUAGCGUAGAUACCGCAGCCGCCGCAAGGUGCCGCGGUAUCUAUGCGGUAGUUGUAGAUAACUGUAGUACAAAUGUGGUAGCUGAAGACAACCGUGUUUGGCGCAUCGUAGGUGCCAAAAUUGGAAAUUGUGCGUCUACAUUAACAUCCAAAAUCAAAUUUGAACUGCGCCCCAUGGUGACAUUCAAUAGGCGGAGAGUUGUGGGCAUGCCCCGCUCCGCCGUAACCUUUGCAUUCUAAUUUACUGAAGAAAGAGCGGGAGCAUCACGAAGAGGAUCAAAGGUGAUCUUUGUUUGCCAAUAACUUCCCUUCUGCAGAAUGCAUUAAAAUACUUUUACUGCAAAGUAUUUUUGAAAUAGUCUAGCUUAACCUUAAAUGCAUUUCUCGUCUUCAAAGAAGAAUGUUUCAGGGCCCCUUUAAGAUCAUAGCAGGGUGGGUACAGAAGACAACAAAAGAGACAGGCAUGAAUAAACAACAAAAAUAUGAUAUUACAAUAAUUACAAUACAAUAUACAAUACAAAUGGCCGCUGAAGUGGCAAUAUACAGCAGAAAGUGGCUCUCACAAGUGAAUAAGAGAACACUGUGAAUCGUGCUUACAGUAACAUGCAUUGCUCAGCAUCAGCAAAACCUCGGAUGCUUGCAAGGAAAUGACCGUGCUUACUGCCCUGUUCCGAAAGUAUCUUUUUGUGUUGCCUCUCUUCAUGGCCGGCUUUCCUUGUUGGGUAUUGUGGCCCAGAACACUAUAUCCAGUGCUCUUGCACAUGCCAUUUUUUAGCCUGGGACUGUAUUCUUAACACACUAUUUCAGUUCCCAUUCUUGUUUUCUUAUACAUUGUGCCAAGUUCCUGAUCCUAGCAAUAAUGGUGGCGCAGGUUCGUGCAGCUCAUGUUACCUAUGGCUUGAAAGGUGUCCCUUAUUUGCUUGCUUGGAGAUUUUGUACUCUAGCAGGUUACAUCGGAAACAAAGGCACAGCUUCUGUUUAGGUACGCUUUUUCAGGCACUAUCCUUUUUGCAUGAGUACAGCAAGCUCACUGGAGUAACUAAAUUACACAAGAAGGUCAGUGCUGGCCAAAUUGCAGCAAACAUAAAAUACGGUAUUACAAUUAGCUCUACUUCACGCUCUGUGUCUGAUGGGAUACAUGUCCCCUGUCGUACAACACCUCUCCUUUCUGGGCACUGUCGCCACAGAAACAUUUUUCUAUACACAAUAAUGGAAACAAAUCGAAUAUCAAAUACUUUUCGAAUAGCUUUAGAAUAAUGAACAGCCUUUUCACCAUUAGGAUAGAACAAUGUUCACAUCCUAUCUGCCAUUACACUGCACAUUAUGAAGCACGUACCCUGUACCAAAAGCACAAAUGUAGCGUUAAAAACAAUGAGUUUGUUCGUAUACGUAUACUCGGGACUGAUAGCAGCAUACAUGCUCAUGCAAUGCCCUAAUGAAGUUUGAAAAGAUAGCCUUGCGAGCCCGUUAGCAUUCAUGUAUACCUUCAAAACUUCAUCAGAAGUAUGCAUUGACUGCAAAAUGAAAAAAGCACAAUGUUUUUUAGUUGCAAUGUUUAUGGAAGAUAUCGUAUUUUUACACAUAUAACCAACACCAAAAAUUCAAAAAAAUUAACAGUAAGUCGGUGCAAAUCAUACGCAAAUUUCACCUUGAGGUGUGACUUCACAGCAGCUCGCGCUGGGCUGACGUGAAGCCACACCUUAAGGCAACAUUCUCCACUAUCAAAAGUUUCAUUAUCUCUUGUAGGGAACCCCCCAGUGGCAUGUUGAAGCUUCCUCUCCCCUCUUUCAUGGUCACCCAUUUUCCUUCUCUUUUCGGACUGCCAUUUCGCAUUUUCGCUGAGUUAGUAGUUGGUGAAUAGUGCUGCGCUUGACGGCAGUCCUUUAAAGCAUAGCAGAAGAUUAUCGGCAUAGCCAAAGAGGUAGGGAACAAAGCCACUGCCUGAAAAUACGACAUGGAAGGGUCAUGCAUUGGCAAGACUGCUUCAUAAAUAUUUGAGCGUGGUUGUGCAGUUAAUUGUGUGGCUCACACGUGUGGAUUAUUUUUUUCUUUCUGGGUAUUGUAAUUGAGGGUGCUGGUUAUACGAGGGCGUGGGUUAUACACAGAAAAAUACGGUAAUGCCGCUGUCACAUUAGAUAAUGUUGCAAUCCCCUGUAUUCGUAUUUAAUUCAAACACAAAGAUGCAGCUGCAAUAAUUAGUACCAAACAAUACCCACAGCUCCAUACGUCUGAGCAAAAUAUAAAUGCAAAUGAUCACAGCUUACCUGGAAAAGUUAGCUCCCUGAGUGAUGCAGCAUGCUCUACAUAACUCCUCAUUCUUCAUGCAAGAUGAAAUUAAUUGCACUAUCACUUCUGUUGUUUCAUUGGACUCUCCUCGCAAUGUGAGCUAUUCGAAAAAUGUCUGCAUUUUCAAAUCGCGACUGCUAUUCAAUUAGAGGACCAUGUCAAAUAGGACACCAUUCGAUUUGUUAUUUGAAAUUUCUGAAUAUUUGCACACCCCUAGAAAAUGAUAUCCCCCUAUGUCUGCCAUAUUUGGUGCAAUGGCCAGUCAUCCGUGCUGCUUCUCUCGUCCCUGAUUCCGAAAUACACCACUGUAGUAAUAUUUCAGUGGCAUCCUCACAGGUGGCUUAUACUUUUGAUAAAGGCUGUACUUAUGGCCUUCUGCAUGUGUUAUCUCUUAUAGCAUCAUGGUAUGCAGUUUAGCUAUUCAAGUGCACUAGAUACGGGAAGAGAAAUAUUCCUGCAAAGCUGAGCCAGAGGUCUUUUUCAUAGUGCUUCUUUGACAUUUGGUAGUACUUAUACUUUACUACUAUGACACAUUACCUCCAAAUCUUCCAUAACUUGUGCAGGGUUUUGUGCAAAUGGUGCUAGGCAUUUCGGCAGGCAGUGUUUACGUGCAUGAAUUGUGUCAUGCCUUCUAAAUCUGCACUGCUGGCUCAGGAGCUGGUGCUUUUUGCUGCUAAGCACCAAGUUGCUGGUUCGAAAUGCAGCUGUGGCAGCAGCAUUUUGAUGGGGGAAAAAAACGCCCAUUUACUGAGACUUGUGCACAGUAAAAUUUUACCCCAGGUAACCAAACUUAGACCAGAAACCAUCCAACUGCGCCACUUCUUAGCCCAGCUGCAUUUUUAGGACAUGGAUAUUAAUUGGUAGAUCACUUAGAAUCUUAAUUAUGAUCACAGCGCUAAUAUUGCAGAGCCAUGGUAACAUUUUUUUACAGAUUUCAAGGGUCUGCUUUUGAGGGCCAUUUCAGACUCGCUAUACC